GUGUACAAAUACACAGGGUUUUUGCCUGCCAUCUAUACAAUUCAGACACAUUACAUCACAGGAGCCCUAAUUCCCUAAAUUCACACACACCUCUUCAACCACACGCACACCCAAAUUCUUCCAUUUAAAUCACCAAAUUCCGGUAAGAAAUCCUAAUUUUCUCUUAAUUCAUUAUCUCAAUCUCAAUUCCCCCUUCACAGAUCUGUAAAUUUUGUUCCAAUUGAUGUUGUUUUACUGCUUCUUCGAUAGGAUUUAGGGUUUCUGUUGUUAUAUGUUACUAAGAUGAAAGAUUUGGGUAGAUCUGCUCAUUCUGUUGACGUAGUGAAGAAGAAAAGUUCUUCUGGUUGUUUGAUUAUCAAACGGAAGGUAUCCGAUGGUGAUAGGGGGGUUGUUAAAGGGUUUAGUGAUUCAUCCUCAAGGAAUUUGUUUAAUUCUGUCAAAGAUGUUAAAAGACCUAGGUUGAUUAGGAGUGAUUCCGAGUCUAGUGAUGAGUUUACCGAGCCGUAUAGUCGAAAAAUCGAUAGAUCUCGUGAUCGGUUAGCGUUUGGUAAUGGCGGUUACGUGUCGAAUAGAGAAUUAGAGACUAGAAAAAGGGUAACUAAUGGGGUAGAGUUUGAUGAGUAUGAUGAGUUUCAUGAGAGGAGGGUUAGGAAGGGUGGGUAUGAUCAUAGGUUGGAUUCGCAUUGGCAAGACGGUGAACGGAUGGGUUCGGGAAGUGGGAGUAGUAGCGGUAGGCGGAUUUAUGAUAACCGAAGGGAGUUUGGAUAUGAUGGUAGAAAUAUAAAUUUGGAUGCGAAGAGUAAUAGGUUUGGUUAUGGCAAUGGAAGUCGUUACAAGAUGGAGGAUGAUGAAUUGCGUUUACCGCAUUCGGUGUUGAGUGGUAAAUAUCAACAAGUUUCUGAUGCACCGAUUAGGUUGCAAGGAAAAAAUGGUGUUUUGAAGGUGAUGGUGAAGAAACAUAAGCCGAUAAGUGUUCCGUUUCAAGAUUACGAGCCUGCACAACGUGAAGAGCGGAAAGAAUCUACGCCGGUUUUGUAUAAAAAGAAACAGUUGAAUGUGUCCCGUAUAAGCAUUGAUCGAUGGGAUCUUUCUGAUAAAAAUAAAGCGGUUAUGGGGUCUUCGAUGUACUCUGGUUCAAUAAAACCAGUUUUAACUAAAAGUCAAGUGAAAAGUGACAGCGAUGUAUCAUUACCUGUAAAAUCAUCAACUGUUCUGCAUUCUAGCAAUGAAAAAUUGGUUAAAAGUGAAAAGAAGUUAAGCCCGCAAGCCAAGAAUGUCGCUCCGGUUAAAGGUAAGGAAACCAAGGUUAAGCGUGGUAGUGGCACUGAAAAACAAUUAUUACGAGAGAAAAUUAGGAGUAUGCUUCUUAGUGCCGGGUGGACCAUCGAUUAUAGACCAAGAAGGAACAGAGAUUACCUCGAUGCCGUUUAUAUUAAUCCUUCCGGAACCGCUUAUUGGUCUAUAAUCAAAGCUUACGAGGCACUUCAAAAGGAAGGAAAGGAUCAUUCACAAGUUGGUACGGAAUUUACUCCUUUACCCAUUGAAACGCUUAGUAAAUUAACUAGACAAACUCGCAAGAAAAUCGAAAGAGAAAUGAAAAUGAAGAGAAACGAAGAAGGCAAAUUUUCAGAAACGAGUAAACGCAGAUCAAUGGAAGCAAGUCAGGACAGUGGCGAUGAUGAUUCAAAUGAUAAGGAUUACAUGGAAACAGCGAACAAAAGGAAUACCGGGAUUAUUACGCAUAUGGUACCGGAACGCAGAAGUAAUAAACUUGGAAGAUGUACGUUGUUAAUUCGACGGGAAGGGAAAAAAUCCGAAAACGAUCUGUUUGUUCCUUAUUCGGGAAAACGAACACUGCUUUCUUGGUUAAUUGAUUCAGGAACUGUUCAAAUGAACGAAAAGGUUCAAUACAAGAACCGUAAACAGACACGAGUUAUGCAAGAAGGGUGGAUCACCAAAGAAGGAAUCCAUUGUGUUUGUUGUAGCAAGAUCUUGACGGUAUUAAAGUUUGAGCUUCAUGCAGGAAGCAAACUUAGGCAGCCAUACGUAAACAUUUUUGUACAGUCGGGAAAGUCUUUGAUAGAGUGCAUGAUUGAUGCGUGGAAUAAACAAGGAGAGUUAGAAAGGAAGGGAUUCCAUGCUGUUGAUAUGGUUGGUGAUGAUCCUAACGAUGACACGUGCGGCUUAUGUGGCGAUGGUGGUGAUUUGAUUUGUUGUGAUGGUUGUCCAUCCACUUUUCAUCAGAGCUGUUUAGGCAUACAGAUGCUUCCCCAAGGUGAUUGGCACUGUCCUAACUGUUCGUGUAAAUAUUGUGAAAUGGCCACGGAAGCUGGUGUUGAAGCUGGAAGUACACCUCUUGUGUGCUGUCUUUGUGAGAGAAAAUAUCAUGAAUCAUGCAAUCUGGAGAUGGAUGACAAUUCUGUUAAUCCUACUGAUCCAAAUUUGUCCUUUUGUGGCCACAAGUGCCGACAGCUAUACAACAACUUGCAGAAGCUUGUUGGUGUCAAGCAUGAUCUGGAUUCUGGAUUUUCGUGGAGUAUUAUUCAUCGAUCAGAUGUAUCACUAUUAUCCCCCGAAGCUUGUUCAUCCACAGAAACAUCGCAGAAGGUGGAAUGCAACUCUAAGCUAGCUGUUGCUCUUUCGGUCAUAGAUGAGUGCUUCAUGCCUAUUGUUGACAGGAGAAGUCGGAUCAACUUAAUUCAUAACGUUGUCUAUAAUUGUGGAUCAAACCUCAGCCGAUUAAACUACAGUGGCUUCUUUACAGCUAUAUUGGAGAGAGCUGAUGAAAUCGUUUGUGCUGCAUCCAUCAGGAUUCAUGGGACCCAACUAGCAGAGAUGCCAUUUAUUGGGACCCGCCAUAUAUAUAGACGCCAAGGAAUGUGCCGACGCUUGUUAUCCGCUAUUGAAUCGGCGCUUGCUUCUUUUCAUGUUGAGAAAUUGAUUAUUCCCGCAAUUGCUGAACACAUGCAUACAUGGACCGAUGUUUUUGGUUUCAAACCUCUUGAAGAAUCUCACAGACAAGAAAUGAGAUCUAUGAACAUGUUGGUGUUUCCCGGAACAGAUAUGUUGCAGAAAUCAUUAGAUAAGAUAGAUUUCGAAAUACAAAAACCAGAACCGAUUUCUCCUGAUGCUAAAGAAUCGAGUGAAAAAACGGCUUCUACUGAUUCAGAUUCCAAGGAUCCUCCUGCUUCUUUUGAUGAUUCCGUCAGUUCUGUUAAAAACAAUACCCACUUGUCGGUUUUGACAAAAAAUGUACAUACCGAUUCCGUUGAAGCAAAAGAUGAUGUCAAAGUGACUAUUGACAAAACUGUUGAUGCUGAUUCCGAGUCUAAAGUAGAAGGAUUUUCCGUGCAGAUUUGCAAAUCUAUUCCACCCGAAGACCCAGAUCUCGUUUUGCAAGAUAGUGCACUCUUGUCAAAAGAAUCAGAUUCUGUAGAUGUAAAACCUGAUUCCCAUGUGGAAGAAUGUGUUUCCAAGAACCCUGGUUUACUUGCAGGAACGGAAUCAGUUUCUGCAUCUACAGAUUCAGACUCCAUCGUUAAACUCAGUGUGCAGAAAGGCACGAUCGAUGAUCAUAUACCUUCAUAGUAGUCACCGAUGCUUUUUACUCGGAUAUUGUUUUUGAACCCUAACAGUGAUCUCUGGAAAUGGAAUUGUAUUCCGAUGCUGAGAAAUAUAUAUAUAUCAAAGUUGCUGCAGAGCCUCUUUUUAUGUGCAGAAGUUGAAAUAUUCCGACGGGUAUGAUAGUUUUGUACGCUCUUCAAUUGGUUGAUUUGAUUCGAGUUUCCAUUGUUGUAUCAUUGAAGUUAAAUAAACGACGUGAAUUUUAAAUCCUAAACCCGUAUAUGUUACGUAGUUUUGUGAGGAUCCCAGUUUGAUGAGGAUAUAGGUUUGUUUUGCAAUCUAUUCAAAUAUGUAACAAAAUUAUUCAAACUAUCUUUAAUGGUAAUGUGGUUGGCUAUUGUUGCCAAUAUUGUAUGAGAUUCAUGAUUUCGUUUU